AUGUCGAGGAGUCAAUCUGGACUCUACAAAUGUACUAAAAAAAUACAACAUUUUCAUAGUUCAAAUGUGAUAGAACACUCAGAUGUCUCCUUUAUCUCUGUGAAAGAGCUCUUCUCUCCUCCAGAAAUAAAAGUGACCCCGUCCAGGGUAAUAGAAGGAGAUGAGAUGACAUGUGACACCAGACUGGAUCCUCUCAGAGGCGGCACAGAGCUGCACUUUGCCUUCUACAGAGAUGGACGGACUGUGCGGGAAUUCGGUAUAUCCAAUACAUACAGAGUGCGGUCAUCUCAGCUGGAGGAUUCUGGGAAAUAUACCUGUGAAGUGAGGACGACGUCUGACACUGUGAGGAAGAUGAGUGAUGGGCUCCAUAUCCAGAUACAUGAGAUCUUCUCUCCUCCGGAAAUAAAAGUGACCCCAUCCAGGGUAAUAGAAGGAGAUGAGAUGACGGUGAGAUGUGACACCAGACUGGAUCCUCUCAGAGGCGGCACAGAGCUGCACUUUGCCUUCUACAGAGAUGGACGGACUGUCUGGGAAUUCGGUAUAUCCAAUACAUACAGAGUGCGGUCAUCUCAGCUGGAGGAUUCUGGGAAUUAUACCUGUGAAGUGAGGACGGCGUCUGACACUGUGAGGAAGAUGAGUGAUGGGAUCUAUAUCCAGAUACACAUACAUGAUUACACGGUGCAGAAUAUAAUACGACUGGUGAUCUCUGGAUUUGUAUUAUCUGCUGUUGUAUGUUUCCCCUACUUCCACAACAAGUGGUAAAGAAGAAGAAGAAGAACUUCUAGGAAUCUGAGGACCUCAAUGAAACAUCUAAGUGAACAUGGAAAAGGUUUUGGCUGAAUUCAAAGGAACUUCAUAUUUUUAAAAUAAACUAAUUUAUAAAACUUGAUCUGAUUAAUCUGAAAACAUAUGAGUGAUUAAACUAAUUGGCCUUUACACUGAAUACAGUAAGAAGUGGAGAAAGUAGAAGUGGUCACUGAGAUCACACAUGGAGGAGAGAAUAACAGGAAGGAAAUAAAGUGUUUAAUUUAAAAAUAAAAACUGAGAAAGGACCCAAAACACAAAUGUCACACUUUACUGAUCACAUUGUUUAUUCUAAGUUCUGAAAACUAAAGAAGAUAUGAAGGGGGUUUUGUAUAUAU